AUGGCUGAAGGACGACUCCCUACCAAGGUGUGCUGCACCUACUCUGACUGCACUCUCGUCUUCAACUCGGAGAAGGAAAUGAAGAAGCACAAAACCUUCAGUCCUGACCAUGAAUACUGCUCCCGUUGCGAUGAAGACUGCGAAGACGAGGAGCGUCUUCUCAUCCACAAGAUCAAAAGCGAGAAUCAUAUUGUCUGUCCUGUCUGUGGCGUUGAGUUUCACAGCGAAGGCGGCCGCAACAGCCACAUCCGUCAGAACCACCGCUCCGCGCAGAUCCUCCCAUGCGCUGGCUGUAAGGCUACGUUCAAAACCGCCAGUGGCCUGAUGCACCAUAUCGAGAGUGGGCAAUGCGCUGAGAUCAGCCAGGUCCAUCUCCUUCAGGAGCAGUCAAAGAAACUCUUGAUCAAGGAAGCCCUUAACGCCGGCGAGGGACUGUCAUUGCCUGUUAUUCCUGCCCGAGAUGGAGGAGAUGACACGGAUACUGAUCGUGAUGAUGCUGAUGGUGGAGUCAUGCUCCGCAUUGGCAAGGUGCCAAGCCGUGAGUUAGUUAACAGAGAGGCGAUGAACAAUCAGCCGAAGCCCGGUGAGGACGAUCCCACUGCUAGUGUCUCGGCCAUGCUUGCCCUCAAACACUGGCCAACCCUCGAUGGAAAGUCCCCUAGGGGAAAUAAUGCUGCGGCUACUAGUGAGCUAAUGGUCUUUUCCGAUUUGGGCAUCUCCUCGGCGAAAGAGAAAGAGAAUGCGACUUGGAAGGGAAAGGAGCCUGCCAGAGCGGUUCCCGAUACCAAGCUGCAAGAGCGUCCGUUCGGCGUCGGAACUCCUGAGGUAGGAGACACGCUCCGCAUGCUGGAUAGAAGCUGGGACGCUUCGAAGUUCUUUAACACAUUCACUGGCGAAUACGUUUGUCCCUGUAAGAAGGGCUUUGCCUGCUUAGCGGAAUUUGAGAUGCAUGUCUUGAUUAAAAGCCGGAUGAUGGAAAACAGACAGUGCCCUGGAUGUCUCCGCUUCUUCAAGACCACAGCUGCUCUGAUCGCACACUUCGAAUCACCGAGUGCUCGUUGCAGCAUCAGUGAUGGCCAUUGGUACGGUCAGAUAGUCGAUGAACUCACCGGUGGACUUAUCCAGACAGCGGGAUAUAACGAAGACGGCACAAUCAAGUACGAAGCCCGUAGCUUGGCCAUCGGUUAUGGUACUACCACUGUUGGUACAGACUUGACCCGACUUCCUCAGGGCCCAAAGUACUAG